AUGUCCGAACAAAAAAUUGCAAUUCUUUCGGUUUAUAAUAAAACUGGUCUUUUAGAAUUUGCUAAAGCACUCAAUGAAUUGAAUGUUCGUCUUUUGGGAUCUGGAGGUACUGCAAAGAAAAUAAGAGAGGCUGGUAUUCCUAUUUCGGAUGUCUCGGAGAUAACCAAAGCUCCUGAAAUAUUAGGAGGUCGCGUCAAAACAUUACAUCCAGCUGUACAUGGCGGCAUUCUUGCUAGAAAUAUUCAAAGUGAUGAGGCCGAUCUUAUCCAACAAAAUAUAAAAAAGAUUGGCUAUGUGGUUUGCAAUCUUUAUCCUUUCAAAGAGACAAUUGAAAAAGAAAAUAUCACUAUUGCUGAGGCCGUUGAAGAAAUUGACAUUGGUGGUGUUACUCUUUUAAGAGCUGCUGCAAAAAAUCAUGAUCGUGUUACAGUACUUUCGGAUCCAAAUGAUUACACAAAUUUCUUGACUGAAUUGAAAAAAGAUGGCCACGUAUCAGAAAAUACUCCUGCUGCAAAAAAUCAUGAUCGUGUUACAGUACUUUCGGAUCCAAAUGAUUACACAAAUUUCUUGACUGAAUUGAAAAAAGAUGGCCACGUAUCAGAAAAUACUCGUAGAUUAUUGGCAUUAAAAGCAUUUAAUCAUACUGCUGAUUAUGAUGAUGCAAUUUCUAAUUAUUUUAGGCAACAAUAUGCACCUAAUAUUUCUCAAUUGACAUUGCGUUAUGGAGCAAAUCCACAUCAAAAACCUGCACAAGUCUUUGUGAAAGAUGGUGUAUUACCAAUAAAAGUCCUUUCUGGUUCACCUGGUUAUAUUAAUUUGCUUGAUGCUUUAAAUGGCUGGCCUUUAGUCAAAGAACUCAAAAAUGCUCUUAAUAUACCAGCAGCCGCCUCUUUUAAACAUGUUUCACCUGCUGGAGCUGCUGUAGGGUUAUCAUUAUCUGAUAUCGAGAAAAAAGUAUAUUUUGUAGAUGACGUCAAAGAUCUUUCACCUUUGGCAAAUGCCUAUGCACGUGCUAGAGGUGCUGACAGAAUGUCUUCUUUUGGAGACUGGAUUGCUCUAAGUGAUAUAGUCGAUAUUCCCACAGCAAAAAUUAUUUCACGAGAGGUAUCUGAUGGAAUUGUUGCUCCAGGUUAUGAACCCGAAGCUUUGGAAAUUUUACGUAAAAAGAAAAAUGGCACAUACACAGUUAUUCAGGUUGACCCUGAUUAUGAACCACCUGAAACAGAAACUCGACAAGUUUAUGGAUUAUUUUUGCAACAAAAGCGUAACAAUGUUCAAAUAGAUCAAAAAUUAUUUGAAAAUAUUGUCUCAAAAAAUAAAAAUUUAUCAGAAUCUGCAAUCACUGAUUUGAUAGUGGCAACAAUCUCUUUAAAAUAUACCCAGUCCAAUUCAGUUUGUUAUGCUAAAAAUGGUAUGGUUAUUGGACUCGGCGCUGGUCAACAAUCUCGUAUUCAUUGUACAAGAUUAGCUGGUGACAAAGCUGAUAAUUGGUGGCUACGUCAUCAUCCAAAAGUUUUGGCAUUUAAUUUUAAAAAAGAAGUGAAGCGAGCCGAUAAAAGUAAUGCGAUUGAUUUAUAUAUCAUCGAUAAAAUUGGAGAAGGAUCGGAACGUGAAUCAUGGGAAUCUUUAUUUACAUCAAUACCUACACCGUUAUCACCUGAAGAACGUAAAUCACAUCUUGCCACUCUAUCAGAUGUUGCCUUAUCUUCUGACGCAUUCUUUCCUUUUUCAGAUAAUGUACACAGAGCUUCACAAUCUGGUGUUAAGUUUAUUGCUGCUCCAAGUGGUUCAAUACAAGAUGAGGCAGUUAUUAAAGCUUCUGAUGAACAUGAAAUUUGUUAA